UACGGCUGUCGAGUGGGCUAGCGUCACAUCAUCCAUCGCUAGUGUUACCGUCGCCUGACACACACUAAGCAGCCAUGCCUGCUGUCGGUUUCUGUGGACAGUGGUUUAUUUUCACCUGCGACAAGAAACUUGUAGCAAUUCACACCAAACAAGCCAGAGAAUCCUUUGUGUUUGACUGCAGCACCGCUGAGAAGAAGCCCAACAAUACAAAGGAUGUCAGUAACGGUGAUGGCGGUGCCUCAGAGGAAACAGGAAGUGACAAAGUCCUGGCCUUUGCUGUUUCUCCUUCCGGAAAGCUGGUGGCGCUGACUGAUGAUUCCAAGAGACUGGUCCUGUUUUACUGUGAGCCUUCAUGGCAGUGUAUCAGCAUCAGGUGGGUGGUGAGGAGGUGCACCUCCCUGAUGUUCAGCCAGGCAGAGGACCAGCUCCUGGCCACCGACAAAUCAGGAGAUGUGUACUCCUUCUCAGUGGGGGAGCCGCAGAGAGAGGGCGAGCUCAAGAUGGGCCACCUGUCCAUGUUGCUAGCCAUGAGCAUGUCGCCGGACGACAAGUUCAUCAUCACAGCCGACCGCGACGAGAAGAUCAGAGUGAGCCACCUGAGGUCUCCGUACAACAUCCAGUCCUUCUGCCUGGGACAUCAACAGUUUGUCAGCGCUCUGCUGGUGCCACCAGGUCACCCACACUGGCUGCUGUCUGGAUCAGGGGACGGGACCAUGAAGCUGUGGGACUACGAGUCGGGCCGUAAGCUGCAGAGCUGGGACCUUAAAGAGCAUGAAGAGACACCAAGCUCUGAGGCAGACAAACAGAAGGUAACCACGAAGCCAGCUGUGUGCCGCAUCAGCUGCUCUCCUGAUGCCCGGCAUGUAGCCGUGCAGUGUGAGAGAGCGUCCACAGUUCACUUCUUCACUGUGGACCAGGAUGGUGAAGAGAAGCUUGUGCCUCACAGAAGGCUCUCCCUGCCCCACUGCCCCCUGGACAUGACCUUUGACCCGGAAGGUCAGCUAUGGGUGCUGAUGGACUCAAGUGAUGCACCACUCCAGAUAUACACCGACAGACGAGACUGCUGGGAGUCUGAUUCUGAGAGUCCCGAGCUGAUCAGAGUGACUGAGGCCUUCAAACCGCACUGGGAGACACUGGAGGCCUCCUUAAGGACUGACAGCCGCUUCGAGCACCUGUACAAGGUGAACUUCGACAACGUGGCGGCGUACCUGCAGAAGAAGCAGCAGAGACUGGAAGAGCAGCUGAAGAGGGGGGGGACACAGAAGGCCAACAGCAACAAGAAGGCCAGAAAAGAAAAGUUGUAACAAAGUGAUCUUCCUGAAUGGACACAGGGACAUUUAUUUUUGAUGUUUUGAAUGAUUGAUAUGAGUUGAAUGUGUGCAUUUGAUUAAGCACUUGAGAGCGUGUGCUUCACCACAUGGCAGUUUGGCUUACAUUUCUGGCUGAUUUUUAAAUAAACGUUGCAAUCAUCAAACUGUG